UGAUCACGUGAAUUUGUGUUCCAGACGCGUUGUUCGCGACUGAUGCUACGAUUGGAACGAGCGCUGGGACAUGACCGAGAGUUUUCAAAGUGCAACCCCAACAGCUCCCUACUUAAAAAAUGCUUUCAAUCCGGAAGAGCAGUAAGCAUCGCGGGAAAUGCACGCCUAACGCUUUGCCAUGUCGUAUCAACCACAACGGCAGGGCCGAAGUAUCGAAGAGAUACUGGACGCCUACCAAACGCAACGAUGGCAAGACCGUAUCAUACUUCCGUGGUCGCCAAUUGCAUGGAAGAACUGUCAAGAUCCCUCCUCAAUACAAAGGCGUCGUGCUUUCCACCACAGAGAUACCACAGGCGGCCCAGGCCCUAUCAGGGUCCCAUUCAUACACGAGUGAUAGCCACGAGGAAGAGGAUGCGGAAGCGGAGGGUAUGAUGGAAGAGUUGGCAGACUUCGACGAGUUCGUUAUCUGGGGUCAUGUAGCGUUGCCUGAUGAAACUACAGACCCCUAUCUCAGGGCAAUAGAAGAGUACACUGCCUUUGCCGAAGUGGUUCAUACUGUGAAGGCGAAAGUGGAAAAGAAAUAGCAUUCGAUAAAGCCAUUGGAUGCGGGCGUACUGGAAUGGGUGGGAGCUACGAUUGUUAAGGCGUUUUGUAUGUAUGGCAUUGGCAAAUGGGUGGGAGCUACGAUUGUUAAGGCGUUUUGUAUGUAUGGCAUUGGCAAAUGGAUGGGAAGCGUUGUAAUUUAUCUUUGAGACUUUUCAGUCGAUAUAUACUAUAGAACAGCUCAAUCGCUGGAUUCCCGUGCAGCUCAGCAGGCUCCUCACGUUAAUGUGAUAUAUUAUUCACCU